AUGAACCCGUUUCUGGAUCUACUCCUGGUUCUGGCUACGCUCAUCUACUCCUACCUGGAGGCUUUUGUGAAGCUUUUUGUCCCUGCCAGGAGAAAGUCUGUCAGCGGAGAGCUUGUUCUCAUCACGGGUGCUGGCCAUGGCGUGGGGAGAGCGACUGCCUUCGAGUUUGCCAAGCGUCGAAGCAGGCUGGUUCUGUGGGACAUCAAUAAGCACGGCGUUGAGGACACGGCAGCAGAAUGCGAAAGGCUGGGAGCCACUGUUCAAGCCUUUGUGGUGGACUGCAGCAAAAGGGAGGAAAUCUACAGCGCUGCAGAGAAGGUGAAAAGGGACAUUGGGGAUGUCUCCAUCCUGGUGAAUAACGCCGGUGUGAUUACAGCUGCCGACCUGCUCUCGACUCAGGACCACCAGAUUGAAAGGAUGUUUGAAGUCAACAUUCUUGCUCACAUGUGG